AUGGCGAAAUCAGUGAGUCCAGAUGCAAUUUCAAUUUUGUUUGCAAACCCUUCACCCGAUUCUUCAUCGGAUAUUCCGGACAUCGUCGUCCAAGUUCUCGAUCUCAAGCAAAGCGGUAACAGAUACAUGUUCACUGCUAGUGAUGGAAAAAAGAAGCUGAGGGCGAUUCUUCCUUCGGAUAAGAACUCUGAGGUUCUCUCGGGGAAUAUUCAGAACCUUGGUCUUAUUCGCAUCCUCGAUUACACUCUCAACGACAUACCCACUAAGUCAGAGAAAUACCUUAUUGUCACGAAAUGUGAACCCGUCUCUCCUGCGCUUCAGAUGGAGAUAAAGAGUGAGGAAACUGGAGUUAUUUUGAAGCCUAAGCAAGAGGGUGGAGUGAAGAGUGAAGGUGUUGGUGGGCUUCUUUUGAAGCCGAAGCAGGAAGUGAUGGCGAAAUCUGCUGCUCAGAUUGUGCACGAACAUCAUGGAAAUGUGGCUCCUGCUGCACGAAUGGCCAUGACGCGCAGGGUGCGUCCUCUUGUUUCCUUGAAUCCUUAUCAGGGUAAUUGGACAAUAAAGGUUAGUGUUACGAGCAAAGGGAACAUGCGCACUUAUAAGAAUGCUAGAGGGGAAGGUUGUGUCUUCAAUGUGGAGUUGACAGAUGAAGAUGGUACUCAGAUUCAAGCAACCAUGUUUAAUGAUGCUGCUAGGAAGUUUUACGACAAAUUUGUUAUGGGGAAGGUUUACUACAUUUCAAAGGGAGCUUUAAAGGUUGCCAACAAACAGUUCAAAACUGUGCAAAAUGAUUAUGAAAUGACACUUAAUGAGAAUUCUGAGGUGGAAGAGGUGGCCAAUGAAGUGAGUUUUGUUCCCGAAACAAAAUUCACGUUUGUCCAGAUUGAUCAGCUGGGCCCUCAUGUCAAUAAGUCUGACCUUGUGGAUGUCGUUGGAGUAGUUCAGAAUGUGUCUUCAACAAUGAGCAUUCGAAGGAAGAGCAACAAUGAGAGUAUCCCAAAGCGUGACAUUACUAUUACUGAUGAAACUAAGAAGACAGUAGUUGUGUCUUUGUGGAAUGAACUCGCAACUAACAUAGGGCAAGAUUUACUGGACGUUGCUGAUACAUCUCCAGUCAUUGCAAUCAAAUCCCUAAGGGUUGGGGACUUCCAAGGCGUUUCUUUGUCAACUAUCAGCAAAAGUGUAGUUCUGAUAAAUCCAGACAUACCCGAAGCGAAGAAACUCAGAUGCUGGUAUGAUUCUGAAGGUAAGGAUGCCGUAAUGGCCCCUAUAGGCUCUGGUUCAAGUCCGGCAUCUAACAAUGGAAUUAGAUCAGUGUACUCCGACCGUGUUUCACUUUCUCACAUAACCUCAAACCAGUCCUUGGGGAGUGACAAGCCUGCGUUUUUCAGUAUUAGAGGAUAUGUAAGCUUCAUAAAGCCUGAGCAGGCAAUGUGGUAUCGUGCCUGUAAGACUUGCAACAAGAAAGUUACUGAAAGUAUCGGAGCUGGGUACUGGUGCGAGGGUUGCCAGAAAAACGAUGAACAUUGCAAUUUAAGGUAUAUUAUGGUUGUUAAAGUUUCUGAUGCAAGUGGUGAGGCUUUUGUCUCAGUCUUCAAUGAAGAAGCUGGGAAAAUCGUUGGGUGCUCUGCUGAGGAGCUAGAUAACCUUAAGUCACAGUGGGGAGAAGAUAAUCCUUAUCAACUGAAAUUAAAACAAGCAACUUGGGUUCCGCAUCUUUUCCGGGUUAGUGUUUCCCAGAAUGAGUAUAAUAACGAGAAGCGGCAAAGGAUAACUGCCCGGGCAGUUGUUCCUGUUGACUUUGCUGCUGAGUCAAGAAUUCUCCUUGAAGAUAUAUCAAAGAUGAUGGUUUCUCACUAA